AUGGCCAAACAGCAGCGAGAGAAACUCACAAUCAAAAUAAACCGACGUCGAGACCUUCCCCCAGCAGAUGAUGACAAGGUCGACAAGCUUCUGGCUCUUCCGCUUUCCGCAACACCCAUGGUUUCAGAGCCAGUGCCGACAGCACAGGUCGAGAUUCUGGAUGGAACUUUGCAACACGCUGAGUCCCUUCAAGCACAAGAAUUCCACUGUAACAUGAUUGGCCAAACUGACAGUGCUGAGAGCAGCUGUGAGGAGCAAGACUUCACAGCCAUGAGUGAUGCUGGAGCUGCAGAUGAGCCUGAUGGUGUUGAGGUAGAGGAUCAGUGGCAAUCAGAUAGCAAAGAGUCAAAUGGAAAAGGUUCUGGGACUGCAUUCAUCAACCUCAACCUGAUGUCAUUUAGAACUUUGUGUGGGCAAAAGCAGCCUGAAUGCAGCUCAAUUUCACGCUCAGAGGAUGAAUCAUUACUGCAGAAAUCAUCGAAAAAGAGAACUAAAGCUGCACAAUGCGAACCCAAGCAACGAAAGAAAACGAAAGUUCAGGCAGAUCUGAGUGCAGAGGAAGACUGUUCAACAAUAGAUGCACCUGUAGACGAACCACGACUGUUCACAGUCUAUGUUCAAGUGUGGGCUACCUCUCCGGACUCUCGAAAACCAGGUGGGAAAUCUACAAAGGUCUCGGUGACCAAAAUCACCUCCAAGGGACCCUUCAAGUGUGAUACCACUUCUGCUUUUUUCUCCUUCAAGUCUCGUGUCGCAAAAGCCUUGUCUUGUCAAGUGUCAGCACUUCCAGUCUUGAAGUUCAAAUGGAAGUUUGAGAAUCAAGCACAAGGCACCCCAUGA